CGGCUGCGUCCCGCUGCCCCGGUGCCGGUGUCCCGGCGCUGCCGCGGUGCGGGCCCCUCCGCGGCUCCCGGGAGUGCUGCCGUCCGCUCCGCUGAGACGCUACUGCUCGGCGGCCGAUUGCUUUCCCCUGGCAGGCGGGGGGGUGCCGAGCGCAUCGCUCUGUGCCGGCGGGCGCGAUGGCUCCGCAGCGGCGGGCGGCGCCGCGGGGUCCCGAGGGCGGCGGGACCGGGACCGGGGCCGGGGCCGGGCAGGGCCGCGGGGGCCGCCGCCGCCACAGCAGUGCCAAGCGGAGCCGAGGCCAGCAGGAGUCGCGGUGGAGGUGGCUGAGGGCAGCGUUCCUUCUCCUCACCACGGCCGCCAUCGGUGCCCUCCUGAGCUGGAGGUACCUGGGUGCUGAGGAUGGGGUCACUGAGGUGCUGGCCCGUCGCCGAGAGAACCUGCAGGACAAGUUCAUCGAGAUCCCUUGCUCGGAGGACUAUGACAGCCAGAAGAGAUUUGAAGGGUGCACGCCUAGGAAAUGUGGAAGAGGUGUGACCGAUGCAGUGAUCACAAGGGAAGAAGCUGAAAGAAUCCGCAGAAUAGCAGAGAGGGGACUGUCCUUGGGAGGAUCUGAUGGAGGGGCAUCAAUUUUGGACUUGCAUUCCGGAGCUCUUUCCCUGGGGAAGCACUUUGUUAAUCUGUACAGGUACUUUGGGGACAAAAUUCAAGACAUCUUCACAGAAGAGGAUUUUGCAUUAUAUCGAGAUGUGAGACAGAGAAUUCAACAAAGGAUUGCGCAGGCAUUUGGUAUCAACUCUUCUUCCAUGUACCUGACUAAGCCAACGUUCUUCUCGAGAAUAAACAACACAGAAGCCAAGACAACACAUGAUGAAUACUGGCACCCACACGUUGACAAGGUAACUUACGGCUCUUUUGACUAUACUUCACUGCUCUAUCUCUCUGACUACAGUGAAGACUUUGGUGGUGGCCGGUUUGUCUUCAUGGAUGCAGGUUCCAACAAGACCAUAGAGCCCCAAGCAGGCCGGGUUUCCUUUUUCACCUCUGGAUCUGAGAACCUUCAUCGGGUGGAGAAGGUUCACUGGGGCACUCGCUAUGCCAUCACCAUCUCCUUCACUUGCAACCCAGACCAUGGCAUUGGGGAUCCAGUCUUGACGUAAUCCCUCUGGGGAUGGAACACGAGGUCAAAUGGAAUGAGAGAAGCCCUGUGAAAGGAGAGGAAAAAGGGACAUUACACCUCUUGUAACCUCACAUUCAAUUAGAUUUUUCCCAGCUGCACUAAUAUAUUGUAAUACACUUUGUUUUCACAUGUCCUUUUUCGUAACUAUGGCUAACUGUGCCUUAAAGACAGUCUUAGAUUUGGUACAUGCUGAAAAUGGUUUGUCUUCAUGUCCUAAAGGCAAAGGCUACAAAGAAGAGUUCUAGAGUGGGCUCUUUAUUUUUUAUUUUUUAAAUUUAUUUUAAAAUUCUUCAUUUUAAAGGAUAGAAACAAUCUUUUGGACCAUGUCUUGAUACGACUCCCCAUGCUGCUAUUAUUUAGUCUCUUCAGUUACUAAGAUGACUGUAGGAAGUUUGGCCCAAAUUAAUAGAGCAAGAGGAGUUUUAUUCUUUUGAAUGUACCUUCUGCUGAUGAAUGUGUUCUCCUUAGCAUGGGCAUUAGUGGGGGAUACACCUGUGGUUUGGCUAUUGGGACUUUUUUAUUCAAUUACUACAGAUAUUUUUCUGCUGCAAACAGGGACUAAUUAAUACAAAGUCUGAAAUACAAUUCUCUGGUUGGCCAGAAAGCCUAUUCCUUUUGGAUUACAAAUGCUUUGUAAAACACUUGGAACUCAUCUCUUUAUUGGGCCUAAAUGUAAUCUGAAGACCAAGUUGAAGGAAACUCAGGUUUUAGUUAUUGUUGACACAACUACAAAUCUUGUGUUGUGAAAUACUGUGGUUUAUCUUGUCCAAAGCAAUGUUUUAUCUGUUUCAGAAAGUCUCUCAGUAGCUCUUUUUGGACUUCUCUUUUUCAGUUUAGUACAAAGACUUUUUUCUGUUAACUAGGACCAUUAGCUUGUGGUUUUCCUUGAAUAAUAAAUUACGACAACUUCGGAGAAGAGAGGAUGAUUGCACUGGAGUACAGAUAAAGUAAUAAACAAAUCUUGCCAACUACCUUGCUUUCUUAUUAAAAGCAAAGAUUUUGUAGCUCAGCACAUUGAUAAGUAAAUGGUAGGAAAACCUAACUUUUUUUCAGUCAAGUUCUGAAGCAAAGAUGUUGAUUUAUUUCAUUAAUAGUCUAUAUCAUUUCUGUGAAACAACUUGAAAAUCUAUGAAUGUGCUUUGAUUUUUUUUUUUUUUUUCUUUUAAUGCAUACAGUUUUCACUUUUUUUAAUCUAGCUUUUCAUGAAAAUAAUAAGUAUUGGGGGGGAUUACACUGAUGAUCAAUAUAAGGAGGAAUGAUGACCGGGCACUUGGACUUGUUCUAUUGUGAGUGUUCUCAUUUGGUACACCAGCAGGAUUAGACUGCUGUAAUUUCAUUUCUUUGUUCUCAAACCUGAAAAAGGCUUCCUUGUCUGUGCUGACCAGGAAGAAUUGUUAAAAUAGCUGGAUGAUGGAAAUAAUAAAGUAUGUUGGGUUCCAUAUCUUAA